AUGGUGGACAGUUAUCAUAACGCAAGGGUCCCCCCAAUCCAUCGCGCACUUCGAACUUACUCUGCUUGGUUAUUGUCGAAUUCUUCCUUUGCGGACGUAUCCGCGGAGGAGGGUCCCAUACUCAAACAUCGAGAUGUCAUCAUUUCCAAUUCGAAUGAGGCAAGAAGGAGCCCAGAAGCAAAGGCAGAGCCAAAGCUUCUCAAAGAAAGACAAAACAGAGUGAGCAAAUCCUAG